AAUUGUUGGAUGACGGCUAACUUCAGUAUUAUAAAUAUAUAAAGAUGGCGUUGAUGGUUUCCCGCUCUUUGUAAUAAUGAUAAUAGUAUCAAUGAAAAUUAAAAGUAAGCAUUAAAAACAACAAUACCGUUUACUUUUAUUUUAAAUAAAAAAUUGUGAACUAAAAUACAAAGUAAUUGUUAUUCAUUAUUUAAUAAAGUAAAUCAUAAAAUAUGUCUAACAAUUUAUUGCAUAACAAUUAUGAAUUUCCACCUGAAGAAAUUAAAAGAACAGAAUAUCAGCCUUCCAGAGUUGAUGAUUCUACUUUACAUCGUCAUGAAAAUAUCAAUAGCUGUGAUAAUUAUUUAAAUAACGAGAGAGUAAAUAGAGUUAGUGAAGAAAAUAUUCAACUAAUGAAUAACAAUAAUUAUUUACAUUUAUCAUCUAAUGAAAUGAGUUGGGAGGUUGAAGAUUAUAAAAUAUACGAUCUUGACAGUAUAAAAUUACAACCACAGAAAAAUAAUCACGUUGAAACGAAUCAUUUAAAUUCAGUUACUGGAAAUAAAGAGUGGGAUGCUGAUGAUAUUUUACAAAUGAUUGGAGAUAAUUCAAGUUUGGAGAUAGUGGAAAAUUAUGAAGAAAGAAAAAAGAUUGAGUAUUCAAAUGAUGGACGUAAUUAUCAGUUAGAAAACAGUACUACUAUUAAUAAUGAUAAGUUUCAAAAAUUAACAUCAGAUACUAAUGAAAAUAGUGUUGCAAAAACCAGUGUAGAGACUAAAGACAUAAAUAUGACUGAUAGUCAUCUCCAGGUAGUAUCGAAUCCGACAACAUCAACAGAGCAAGUUAAUUCGACUCCAAUUCCUAAUAUGUUCCCAGUUUCUUACACUGACUAUUACAAAAAUUUAUUUCAAGUACAACCGUUUUCCUACCAUCCGAUUACCAUGAAUCAAAUGGGGCAAAAUGUUUUACCAUUCAUUCCUAUUUUUCCUGGUCUACAUCCAAACUUUUGUUUGCCCAUGAAUUAUUUUCCAUUCAUUCCAUGUUUUACUUUUUUAAUGCCAAUGCCUGGAAUCGCUUAUUCACCAGUAAAUUCAGUACCGGAGCAAAUUCCAGUGAAACCCGAAACUGUUGAUAAUUUAAGCAUAGAAAAUAUUGAGGGUAAUUCAAUUAAUACACACGAAGUAAAUAAUGAGAACACGGUUAGUAUUGAGACUCGUGAUUUGCAGCCCAAAGUUUUAAUAGAAAAGAUAAAAUCACCGAAAUUAUCAUCAACUAAACAAGCGAGUCGAAAAUCAAAACCGAAAAAAUGUACCACUGACAUUAUUCCUAAGUCUGACUCUCAGGAAUCUAGUUUGUCAGAGACAAAAAAACUAAAAAUAAAAUCAUCGAAAAUAUCGAAAAAAAAACAAAAAAAAAAUGAAUAUUCAGAUCAAAAUAAUGCGGCCGAAGGAUUCGAAUGUCGAAAAUGUACCUACGUAGCAACUCAAUUAGGAAAUUUAAAGCGUCAUAUGGCAGUUCAUUUAGAGGAACGUCCUUUCAAGUGCCUGGACUGUCCAUUCACUACUCGUUAUUCUUACAGUCUUCAAUGCCAUAUAAAAAGACAUAGCGGCGAAAGACCAUUCGAGUGUGAUGUUUGUCAAUCAAAGUUCAUCACUUCAUCUAAUUUGAACCACCAUAUGUUUAUUGCACACAAGCUGUCUCCAUCUAAUGCGUCAUUGAAGUGUAAACGUUGUAAAAUGACAUUUUCCAAUAUGCACGCUUUAAAUCAACAUAAAAACAUGCAUAGAAUAAAACAUAUCUACCGUUGUAAACUAUGUUUUUACACAUCAACAUCGUCAAUUACGUUUAAAAAUCAUGUGAGCAAGCAUGAUAAUCCAAAGAUAUACAUUUGUUAUGAUUGUGGGAAACAAUUUGUCCAAAAAGUGUUUUUAGAAAAGCACAUAAUUAAUCAUCAUAUUCUAUAAUAUUUAAUUUAAGAAUUAUUUGGCAUUAAGUUUGAGAUGAAAAGAGCUGGAUUCUAUCUGUAAUUUCUAAUCAAGUUCAAUAAUUAUCUUAUCAAAUAAUUAAAUUUUGAUUAAAAAUCUGA